AUGUCUCGUAAACUUGGUUGGUGGAUGGUUAUGCUGAUCAUUGCUCUGUCUAAUACCAAAUACUCCCAUUGCAAGCUGGUGUGGGAGGGAUCCAUAGGGUUAAUCGAUGGUUUCACGUCGUUGACAAACACCAAGAAGCACGCCUAUGGUCAAGCCUUCGACGACGAGAUACUUACACUCAAGAAUAACUUCACAAAUGGUACCGUGCCUUCUUUCUCUGUCACCUUCUUUUUUGCUAUUGUCCCUGAGCAUAAGCACAAAGGCUCUCAUGGUAUGGCGUUUGUGAUCUCUCCCACGAGAGGAAUUCCAGGUGCGUCUGCUGAUCAGUACCUUGGAAUCUUUAACAAAGCAAACAAUGGGAACAGCUCGAAUCAUAUCAUCGCUGUGGAGCUCGAUAUACACAAAGAUGAUGAGUUUGGUGACAUUGAUGAUAACCAUGUUGGUAUCAACAUAAACAAUAUGAGAUCUAUUAAAUCUGCUCCUGCUGGUUACUUUGAUAAAGAUGGUCAAUUCAGAAACAUUUCUUUGAUCAGUGGAAAGCUACUAAGAGUCACGAUUCUGUAUAACGGGGAAAAGAAACAGCUUAACGUCACUUUAUCAUCACCUGAAGAGGCUUAUUACCCUGAGAAGCCGCUUCUUUCACUGAACCAAGAUCUGUCACCCUAUGUUUUGGAGAAUAUGUAUAUGGGCUUCUCAGCUUCUACGGGGUUGGUUGGAGCAAUGCAUUACAUGUGGACUUGGUUUGUCCUUGGCAACCAUUCUGUUCCAGACUUGGACUUUCCAAUACCAACAUUUCCUCCAUAUCCAAACCCAAACUCUCAGGUAAAGCGGACUGUUUUGGUGACCGUCUUGACAUUUGCUCUCUUUGUUGCACUUGUUGCUUCAGCUUCAAGUAUCUUCUUCUAUAAGAGACACAAAAUGGUAAAGGAGGUUUUAGAAGAAUGGGAGAUUCAGUGUGGUCCUCAUAGGUUUUCUUACAAGGAACUCUUCAAGGCCACAAAGGGUUUUAAUGACAAACAAAUCCUAGGUAGAGGAGGGUUUGGUCAGGUCUUUAAGGGCACUCUUCCAGCUAGUGAAAGACUCCGUGGAGAACAGAUCGAGCUUGUUUUGAAACUAGGAGUGUUGUGUUCGCAUCAGGUUGCAACAAUUAGGCCGGACAUGUCGGUAAUCAAGAUCUUGAACGGUGAUGUGCAGCUUCCAGAUAAUCUUCUAGAUAUUGUCAAAGCCGAGAAGAUCAGAAUGUGGUCUGAGAUUACUUACAGAGGGAGCACUUGGUGUUUUGAAUACACAAGGGUCCAUUGGUAUCUUGACUCUUACGGGACCUUUUACCUCCCAGGGACGUUGAGACGUGAUCUCCAGGUCGGUCGUGUAAUGGCUAAUGAUGUAUGA